GAGGUGGCGGCCAGGGUGGGAGGUGUGUGCGCGCGUGUGCCGCGCCGUAGGGAGCUGCGGGUCUCACCGCCCGCUGUCAGCUAGCUCAGCGCAGCGGCGCGAUGGCUGGAGGAGACGCGCGGGACCAGCCCCGUGGGGCCGGCCGCGGGUGAGCCCCUCGCCGCCUCCUGCGAGCAUGUCACCUCCAGCCUGCGAGGUCGCUUUCGCUAGCAGUGUCCGAGCCUCCGCCUCCUGCAGCCGCAGACGCUGCCUGGAGCUGUGGCCCCCGGACCCCCGCCCCUGAUCCGCGCCCAGACCCUAGUGCCAGAGGACCAUGGCUGGCCAGGGCGACUGCUGCGUCAAAGUGGCCGUCAGGAUCAGGCCUCAGCUGUCGAAGGAGAAGAUUGAAGGCUGUCACAUCUGUACCUCCGUCACCCCUGGGGAGCCCCAGGUCCUGCUGGGGAAGGACAAGGCCUUCACCUAUGACUUUGUCUUUGACCUGGACACCUGGCAGGAGCAGAUCUACUCGACCUGUGUGAGCAAGCUCAUCGAAGGCUGCUUUGAGGGCUACAAUGCCACAGUGCUGGCCUAUGGACAGACAGGGGCUGGGAAGACGUACACUAUGGGCACCGGCUUUGACACAGUGACAUCGGAAGAGGAGCAGGGCAUCAUCCCAAGGGCCAUUGCACACCUCUUCAGGGGCAUCGAUGAACGCAAGCGGCGGGCCCAGGAGAAGGGCGUGACCGGGCCUGAGUUCAAAGUCAGCGCCCAAUUCCUGGAGCUCUACAACGAAGAGAUCCUUGACCUGUUCGAUAGCACCCGUGACCCUGAUGCCCGCCACCGCAGGUCCAACAUCAAGAUCCAUGAGGAUGCCAAUGGUGGCAUCUACACCACAGGCGUCACUUCUCGUCUUAUCAACUCCCAGGAGGAGCUGAUCCAGUGCCUGAAGCAGGGCGCCCUGUCACGCACCACAGCCAGCACCCAGAUGAAUGUUCAGAGCUCCCGAUCCCAUGCCAUCUUCACCAUCCACCUGUGCCAGAUGCGCGUGUGUGCCCAGCCUGACCUGGUGAAUGAGACGGUGACGGGGCUUCCGGACGGAGCAGCCCCCACCGGCACUGAGUAUGAGACACUCACUGCUAAGUUCCACUUUGUGGACUUGGCCGGCUCUGAGCGGCUCAAGAGGACAGGAGCCACAGGCGAACGGGCCAAGGAGGGCAUCUCCAUCAACUGUGGUCUGCUGGCCUUGGGCAAUGUGAUCAGCGCCUUAGGCGACCAGAGCAAGAAGGUAGUGCACGUGCCCUACAGGGACUCCAAGCUGACUCGGCUGCUCCAAGACUCUCUGGGGGGCAACAGCCAGACCAUCAUGAUCGCCUGCGUGAGCCCCUCAGAUCGGGACUUCAUGGAGACGCUGAACACUCUCAAAUAUGCCAACCGGGCUCGCAACAUCAAGAACAAGGUGGUGGUGAACCAGGACAAGACCAGCCAGCAGAUUAGCGCGCUGCGAGCCGAGAUUGCGCGCCUGCAGAUGGAAUUGAUGGAGUACAAAGCGGGCAAGCGGGUGAUUGGGGAGGACGGCACAGAGGGCUACAGUGACCUGUUCCGGGAGAAUGCCAUGCUGCAGAAAGAGAACGGUGCUCUGCGGCUCCGGGUGAAGGCCAUGCAGGAGGCCAUCGAUGCCAUCAACAACCGCGUCACACAGCUCAUGAGCCAGGAGGCCAACCUACUUCUGGCCAAGGCUGGCGACGGCAACGAAGCCAUUGGUACUCUGAUCCAGAACUACAUCCGGGAGAUUGAGGAGCUGCGAACCAAGCUCCUGGAGAGUGAGGCCAUGAAUGAGUCCCUCCGCCGAAGCCUCUCGCGGGCUUCCACUCGAAAUCCCUACUCCCUGGGAGCAUCUCCAGCAGGCCCAGCCUUCGGGGGCAGCCCGGCCAGCUCCAUGGAAGAUGCUUCUGAAGUGAUCCGAAGGGCCAAGCAAGACCUGGAGCGGCUGAAGAAGAAAGAGGUCAGGCAGCGGAGGAAGAGCAGCCCAGAAAAAGAAGCCUUCAAAAAGAGGGCAAAACUCCAUCAGGAGAACAGUGAGGAGACGGAUGAGAAUGAGGCUGAGGAGGAGGAGGAAGAGAGAGACGAGAGUGCCUGUGAGGAGGAGGAAGGACGUGAGGAUGAGGAUGAAGACUCGGGCAGCGAAGAGAGCCUAGUAGACUCAGACUCGGACCCUGAAGAAAAGGAAGUCAACUUCCAGGCCGACCUGGCGGACCUGACUUGCGAGAUUGAGAUCAAGCAGAAGCUGAUCGACGAGCUGGAGAACAGCCAGAGGCGGCUGCAGACCCUCAAGCACCAGUACGAGGAGAAGCUGAUCCUGCUGCAGAACAAGAUCCGAGACACGCAGCUGGAGCGCGACCGCGUGCUGCAGAACCUCAGCACCAUGGAGUGCUACACGGAGGAGAAGGCCAACAAGAUAAAGGCGGAUUAUGAGAAGAGGCUGCGCGAGAUGAACCGGGACCUGCAGAAGCUACAGGCCGCUCAGAAAGAGCAUGCCAGGCUCCUCAAGAACCAGUCCCGCUACGAAAGGGAGCUGAAGAAGCUGCAAGCGGAGGUCGCCGAGAUGAAGAAGGCCAAGGUGGCCCUCAUGAAGCAGAUGCGUGAGGAGCAGCAGCGGCGGCGACUGGUGGAGACCAAGAGGAACCGGGAGAUUGCUCAGCUCAAGAAAGAGCAACGGAGGCAAGAGUUUCAGAUACGGGCCCUGGAGUCUCAGAAGCGUCAGCAGGAAAUAGUCCUGAGGAGGAAAACCCAGGAGGUUUCUGCACUGAGGCGCUUGGCGAAGCCCAUGUCGGAGCGAGUGGCCGGACGUGUAGGAUCGAAGCCCCCCAAUUUGGAUUCUGGGGCUGAGGUGUCCGCCAGUACGACCUCGUCUGAGGCUGAAUCGGGAGCUCGCUCUGUCUCCAGCAUAGUGCGUCAGUGGAACCGAAAGAUCAACCACUUCCUGGGGGACCACCCUGCAGCCACUGUCAAUGGCACCCGCCCAGCCAGGAGAAAGUUCCAGAAGAAGGGGGCCAGCCAAAGCUUCAGUAAGGCCGCUAGACUCAAGUGGCAGUCCCUGGAGCGGAGGAUCAUCGACAUUGUCAUGCAGAGGAUGACCAUUGUCAACCUGGAGGCUGACAUGGAGCGCCUCAUAAAGAAAAGGGAGGAGCUCUUCCUCCUGCAGGAGGCGCUUCGGCGGAAGCGGGAGCGUCUGCAGGCUGAGAGCCCCGAGGAGGAGAAGGGACUCCAGGAGCUGGCUGAGGAGAUCGAAGUGUUGGCCGCCAAUAUUGACUACAUCAAUGACAGCAUCACUGACUGCCAGGCCACCAUCGUGCAGCUGGAGGAGACCAAGGAGGAGCUGGACUCCACAGAUACGUCAGUGGUCAUUAGCUCCUGCUCUCUAGCUGAAGCCCGCCUACUGCUAGACAACUUCCUUAAGGCGUCCAUUGACAAGGGACUCCAGGUAGCCCAGAAGGAAGCCCAGAUCCGGCUGCUGGAAGGACGGCUGAGACAAACAGACAUGACAGGCGCUUCCCAGAACCACCUUCUCCUAGAUGCUUUGCGUGAGAAGGCCGAGGCACACCCUGAGCUGCAGGCCCUCCUCUAUAAUGUGCAGCAGGAGAAUGGCUAUGUGAGCACAGAUGAGGAAGUCUCCGAGUUCUCUGAGGGAAGCUUUUCCCAGUCAUUCACCAUGAAAGGCUCCACCAGCCACGAUGACUUCAAGUUCAAGGGUGAGCCUAAGCUAUCUGCCCAAAUGAAGGCUGUGUCUGCGGAAUGCCUGGGACCCCCAUUGGACAGCUCCACCAAGAACAUCACCAAGUCCCUGGCCUCCCUCGUUGAGAUCAAAGAGGAUGGAGUGGGCUUCUCCAUCCGGGACCCCUAUUACCGGGACAAGGUCUCCCGGACCGUCAGCCUGCCCACCCGGGGCAGCACUUUCCCUCGGCAGUCUCGUGGUGGCACAGACACAUCCCCUCUGACCCGAAGAAAGUCUUAUGACCGGGGGCAGCCAAUCAGAUCCACAGACAUGGGAUUCACACCUCCAUCAUCACCUCCCACUCGGCCCCGCAAUGACCGCAACGUCUUCUCUCGUCUCACCAGCAAUCAGAGCCAGGGGUCAGCACUGGACAAGUCUGAUGACAGCGACUCCUCUUUGUCCGAGGUCCUGAGGGGCAUCAUCACCCCCAUUGGCGGCGCCAAGGGAGCGCGGACGGCCCCUCUGCAGUGUGUCUCCAUGGCCGAGGGCCACACCAAGCCUAUCCUCUGUCUGGAUGCCACCGAUGAGUUGCUCUUCACGGGGUCCAAAGACCGUAGCUGCAAGAUGUGGAACCUGGUAACAGGGCAGGAGAUCGCGGCUCUCAAGGGCCACCCCAACAACGUGGUUUCUAUCAAAUACUGCAGCCACUCCGGGCUGGUGUUCUCUGUGUCCAGCUCCUACAUCAAAGUGUGGGACAUCCGGGACUCGGCCAAGUGCAUUAGGACCCUCACAUCCUCGGGCCAGGUGAUCUCAGGAGACGCUUGUAUAGCCACGUCCACUCGUGCCAUCACCAGUGCCCAGGGCGAGCAUCAGAUUAACCAGAUGGCCCUCAGCCCUUCAGGCACCAUGCUGUAUGUGGCCUCUGGCAAUGCUGUCCGCAUCUGGGAGCUUAACAGGUUCCAGCCCAUCGGCAAACUGACCGGCCACAUCGGCCCAGUGAUGUGCCUGACAGUCACUCAGACUUCGAACCAGCAUGACCUCGUGGUGACCGGCUCCAAGGACCACUAUGUGAAGAUGUUCCAGCUGGGCGACUGUGUGAUGGGCACCAUUGGCCCAACCCACAACUUUGAGCCCCCUCACUACGAUGGUAUCGAAUGCCUGGCCAUCCAAGGAGACAUACUGUUCAGUGGUUCCAGGGACAAUGGCAUUAAGAAGUGGGACCUGGAACAGCAGGAACUCAUUCAGCAAAUCCCCAAUGCUCACAAGGACUGGGUGUGUGCCCUGGCCUUCGUUCCUGGCCGACCCAUGCUGCUGAGUGCCUGCCGGGCAGGCUUCAUCAAGGUCUGGAAUGUGGACAACUUCACCCCCAUCGGUGAGAUCAAGGGCCAUGACAGCCCCAUCAAUGCCAUCUGUACCAACAGCAAGCACAUCUUCACGGCCUCCAGUGACUGCCGGGUAAAGCUGUGGAAUUACGUCCCUGGACUCACCCCCUGCCUUCCUCGCCGAGUCCUGGCCAUAAAGGGCCGCGCCACCACCAUGCCCUGACCCCCCCCUCCCCAGCCCUCCCCUUUCCUCUCUCAUUCUUCCCCCUCUUGCCUUUUCCUGUCUUUCUCCACCUCGAUCUGAGCUGCUUCUUCACGCGACCUGACGGUGAAGUUCUGGAGCAUGCGGCGGCUACCAGCAGCCCACCCUUGAAGUCAGGACUGAGGGUGGCCAGGGCCUCAGACCCAGCGGCCUGCACAGCGUGGAAAGGAAGCUGUGGCCUGCCCUGCCCAGCCCAGCCAGGUGCACCGAGGACAGAGGCCCCACCUCUGGAGCCACUGCACCUGCCUCUGAGCCCACCAAGGUAGUUCUCAGGUAACCAUGGAAACCAGACGUAAGCAGCCGAGUGCUGCAGCUGACCCUAAGCCCUCUGGCCGCCAAUAACCACCCCCCGUGGGGCCCAGUCAUUCCUUGGGGUCCCCUUCUGCUGAGGCCUCAGUGGAGCUGCUUAAACAAUUCUUCCGGGGGGCGGGGGGGAAGGUCAGCAAUACUACAGUUAUUUAUUGGUUUUUUUUAUUUUUAUUUUUAUGUUUUGCUGUUGCCUCCUGGAAACUGACUUGAAGUUUCUUCUCAUCUUCUUCCCUCUGUUUUUGAGGGGGGGGGGUCUUCUCUUUGGCGCUCCAGCCCCCUUUCCGUCCACCCCCCUGCCUCCGCUUGGUGUGCAGAGGAAGGAAAGGCUCCCCUUUGCAGCUCUGGCCACUGCCCCGGCUCCGCCCCCACACCCCAGCUCCGCCCCCACACCCAGGCUCCGCCCCCACACCCCGGCUCCGCCCCACACCCCGGCUCCGCCCCACACCCCGGCUCCGCCCCCACACCCCGGCUCCGCCCCACACCCCGGCUCACCCUCUAGUAUAGUUCAGGUCUCUAGGCCGCCUGAUGCCAUAGUGCCUUCCUCCAUCCUGAGGCCUGGCAUCAUGCUGGGCAGCCUUAUGCCAGCCAUGCCCACAGCCCACACGUGUCUUCUUCUUAUGGGCCUCGUGCCCACAGGCCCUGAGGGUCAGAGAGUCCACCCAAGACCAACAGGCCAAGACCAGGGGACCCACGCUCCCUAGAGUCCUGUGUGGUCCAACGGGGUCCUGUCCACUAGGUCGCGGGUUGGGUGAGAAAGACCAACCUAACCCCUCCCCAGCUAAUUAUGUUUCCGUCCCAAGGGGACAGGGAGCCUCCUCAGCUUCUUUAGUUGUUCUAGAAACAGAUUUCCAAGCCUUAAAACCAGCUUGGGCCAAAGGCCCUCCCUUUUAGAUUGGCAAGAGGAGGUUCACACUCUUUCCCUUGCUUCUCCCGCGGGGCUGUGGACUCAGCUGCAGGGAUGAGGUGGAAUCAGUGUCUGGCGCCCCCUAUCGGAACAACACUGAAUUUGUAAGAUUAGACCUCGAGAGGGGUCAACUCCAUCCCUCAGCCCUGGCUUCCUCUGCCCUUCAGCUGCUCCACACUCACUUCACUGGUCAUGUGCUUCCCAGUCUCCUUCCGGAAGCUGUGAACCCCAGCUCCAUUCAGAGGACACGGUGACUUUGUGGACUUUGGAGAGGUAGCAUAGCGCCUCUGCACUCAGCUCUUCUCCCUCGGUGGCCCGGGACACUGGUGCCUGUCCAUGUGGCCCUGGGAUGGGAGGGUCCCUCCCCGCUGAGGACAGACCCUCUCUAGUCAUCCCAGAGCUGUGUCUGAGGCUGAAACCAAGACGAUCGUCCCGCUUAUCGGUGGCCCCUGCCGGACACGGUAUUCAGCCUGGGUAAGUGGAUAUUCACAAUGAUGCAUCUGACAGCUAGAACCUGGACAGUCUCUCUGCCAUGACCAGAAAUCCUCCUUCCUCUGCUCAUCCCGGGAGCGCUAAGACACGGCCUUAGCGCUCAGAAGUGACCACGUCUUCUCCUCCACCCCUCUCCACCUGAAUGGGAAGCCUGGACCUUCCAUCCUGUAAGAAAACCCAGAACCUAUCUGCAUGACUGUUUACAAACUACAGAAACACAUGAGACUUAUCCUGACCCCAUGGUCUGGGCUGCCCCAGCCUGGGGUGCCUGUACUGUAUAGCUGCAAGACCAGUUCCUGUACAAAGCGUGUGGUCUUACAGCCCCGUGAGAGGUGCUCAUCGUCACUGCCCCUUCAGCCACUGCUGAUGGGUCACUACCUCAUGACGGGGCUGCUAUGCUGUCCCAGCGAGUGUCAUUGACUAAACUUGAAAUCCUCUGGAGCUCUGAGCGCGUCAUCGUCCCCAAGGCAUUCUGCGCGGUGUCCUGGGAAUGGUGGGGUCCCUGCCCACUCUUUCAGGGGUGUCCAAGGUACAGGGUCAGGGGCAGACCCCUAGCUCCCCUCACUGCACAAGCGUCCUACGCGUUGGAAGCACAGACUGGUUGUGACUGAGCACAAUGGCAGGUCUCUGGGGAGACGGAAUGGGCAGGCUUGGGCCCAGGAGGCUUUUCCCAAAUGGGCUGAGUCUUAAGUCAGACUAGGGAUGUCCAUAUGUGUGGCCGACUCACCCGUAUACAUCUGGGACUUGUCAUAUUCUUGUGCCCCAUCCUAAGACUUGAGGCCCAGGCCAUAUCUGUAUGCUAGGGGGCCCUCCCUAGACCCCCAGACCCCAGGCCUUUAAAAACCUGCACAUAGCUGUACCCCACCAUACUGAGCCUGAAAAGCCUGGACCCAGGCUCCCAACGCCCAAACUAACAACCUCCACAUCCAUGCUUCCGAAGCUGAUCGGCUUCCACCUGGAUGGAACUUGUCUACCGUCCUCACUCUCUUAGGCCUUCUCGGCACAAUCCCGGGCCAGGACCCGUUCCAGUAUUAACCAGUUCAGUGUUUGCUCUUCCUGAAGAGACCUGAGUCUGCAGCAGCCAGAUCCCGGAAGGCUGUGCCUGGAGCAGCCUUUAGAGACCGCCAAGGAGAGCGAGAAGGCAAAGAACAAGGGGCCGACCCAGCCCAGCCCUUGAUGUGGUCGGAGCACCCCCACCGGCUACUUGGAAAGGGACAGCCAUGAAUCUGGGAGUAGCCGCCCACCUUUGCGCCAGCUGCAGGCUUGGAACUGUCUGAGGCUGUGUGGCCCGGGCAGAGGGUAGUUUAAAGCACAAACCCAUGUGGGAGGCCACCGCCUCUCGCUGGGGCGUUCUCCCGCUACCCCUUGGGGUAGUAGCAUGGGCAGGAAGCUGCUGUGAAAUUGGGGCAUCACCCUCUCUCUGUCCAGCCCUCUCCCAGUUCCUGGAGGCUUCCCCUGGAGUCUGGGCUGGGUGCAGCCGCACACCCUUGGCGGAUCCUGCUCUGUUUGUGUGGGCAGGACCUGCCCUGCAGGAGCAGUGAAGUCCUUCCCAAACCUGGGGCAUCUGUCCCUUUGUCCUUUCCAACAAGAAACUGCUGUCUGUCGGCUUCCUGGGCCCAGCGCAGUGGCCGGUGACCCCGCUGAGCCUCCCUGAGCCCAGCCAGCCCCUCCUGCCUCCCAAGUCUUCACUGCUCCUUAUGCGCAAGAACAGAGUGUGCAGGGGAACUUGUCUCUCUGGCAUCUCUGUUCUGUCUCCUGUGCCCGCCCCCUUCAUCUCCAGCUCCCAGUUGACCUCCUUGGCUUCCUCCCCUCCACCUUCAAUCCCAAGGCUUUGUCAGAAAGUGGGAAGUUGGUACUGCUGAAAAUCAGAGAAGACCACUGAUGUCUUGCCGCCCUGUCCUGUCCUGCCCUGCCCCCAGCUCUUAAAGCCGUUGCCCCUGCCCAGGCUGGGGGUGGGGUGGGGGGUCCCUUUGGCCCCUGCGCUCUCCCGUCACAUGGUAGCACAAGGUGUGUAUAUGUUCUGUACCUCUGCGGAUGACUGUACAUAGUGUAUGAAAGUUAUUUAAGCCUCAUGCUGUACAUUUCUGUUCUGGGAUUGGAUGUGUGUGCUCUAAGGAUUUGUCAUAAAUAAAACCCGAAUGAUCAUUGUC